AUGGCAUCCACCAAAUCUACUGCCACCAGGUCUACUGAAUCGACUGGAAUCGAGACUCUUGUCAUAGACUCUGUAACUCUCCUUCCGUCCGUCAUAGACGCGGCAGUCAUCGGACUUCGACCCGGCCUUCCAUCACUUUUCAUCGACCUCGAAGGGAUACAGCUUGGUCGACAUGGUUCAAUUUCUAUCAUGUCGCUGUAUAUCUCUUCCAAGAAGAGAGUGUACCUCAUAGACAUAUACAGACUUGGUAAAGAAGCAUUUUCGACCAUCAACAGCGACGGGAAAUCUCUCAAAUCCAUACUGGAAUCUCCGGACAUUUUGAAAGUACUUUUUGAUGUUCGGCAUGAUUCCGAUGCAUUGUUCGGUCUUUACGGAAUCUCCGUUGACGGUAUCAGGGAUGUCCAGCUCAUGGAACUCGGAACGAGAACGGGCUCGAAAGAUUUCCUAGCUGGCUUGAAGAAGUGUGUUGAGACCGACAGUACUAUUACUCAGAAAGAAAAAACGGCAUGGGGGCGUACCAAAGAUCAUGCCCGACAGCUUUUUGAUCCUUCUCUGGGAGGGCGAUACGCAAUUUUCAAUGAGCGUCCCAUUCGACAGGUGAUUGCAGAAUACUGUGCGGGAGAUGUUACGUUAUUGCCAGAUCUAUUCAACGUGUAUAGUGCUAAGCUACAUCCACCCAGAGAGACCUUUUGGGGGCUUCAUAUAUUGGAAGCAACCAAAAAGUGGAUCAAGCUUUCACAAAGCCCAAGAUUUGAUGGAGCAUCGAGAGCCAACGCCCGUGGGCCUUGGGAUAAAGAAUCUAUUGAACAAGCGAUUGAUGAUUGGAAUGACGAUAUUAUGCUCGAGGCGAUGAAUGAGCAGGAAGACCAUGACAAGGAGUUUGAAGAUAUCCUGGAUUGUGAGGAGGAUGAUGACUACGGCUGGCAGGAUGACGGUCCGACCAGCUGCAGAGACAUUAUUAAUAGUUGUGACUACGGGUACUACUAUUCAGAUUAG